AUGGUCGCAAACGCUGGUGUGAUUCUCGUCAAACCGAUCCUCGAAAUCAGUGCCAGUGAAUGGGAUAAAGUGCAGGCCAUCAAUGUUCGGGGAGUCUUUCUGUGCUAUAAAUAUGCAGCUCAGGAGAUGAUCAAGCAGGGUCGAGGCGGGAAGUUGAUCGGAGCUUGUUCUAUCUUAGGAUACCGACCAUCUCAAUUCGCGCCAGCAUACUCCGUCAGUAAAUGGGCUGUUCGGGGGCUCACCCAAGCUGUUGCUAUGGACAUGGCACAGCACGGCAUUACGGUCAACGCAUACUGUCCGGGCAUGGUCCGUACCGAUAUGUGGGAGGCCAUUGACACUAGCCUUACAACUAGAAUGGGACUUCCCAAGGGUGCUGCGUUUGAGAACGGUGUUGCGACCCGCAUUGCGUCUGAAAAACCUCAGACUCCUGAAGACGUCGCUGGUUUGGCUUUGUAUUCGUGGAACUUCAUGAGUGGUCGUCAGCCGUAUCGUCAACUUGAGCUACACGAAAAGUACGGCCCCGUCGUUCGCGUGGCACCAAACGAAUUAAGCUUCAGUUCCGCAUCGUCAUGGCAGGAAAUCUAUGGUGUACGCAAGGGUGUUGAGCCUUUCAUCAAGAGUGAAUUCUAUGAUGGGGGCAACUUCGCCGCCGAGGCCUUGUCUAUCGUUAGCGAGCGUGACCCCAAGAAGCACGCAGAGAUGCGUAGAUAUCUUGGUACCGCAUUUUCCGACAGGUCUCUCAAGUCACAAGAACCGAUGGUCGCUGAAUGUGUCGACCGCCUUAUUGAGAAGAUUGGAAUGGUAGACGUGGGGACUCAAGGAACCGACAUGGUCAUGUGGUUCAAUCUCGCCACCUUCGAUAUAAUUGGAAGCCUGGCUUUUGGCAAGGACUUCGGCGGUGUCGAGUCGGGCAAGGAGCACUUCUGGAUUUCGAUCGUCACCAAAAGCUUGCGUAUGGGGGCUCUCGCCGACUGCUUUCGCAGAUUUCCAGCCCUCGCCGGCAUUGCCCAGACAGUGUUUUCUGGCCUUAUUGACAAGCUUCUCAAAGACAGUCGCACGCAUCAAAAGUACACCAUGGAUUUGGUUCAAAGUCGCCUGGCCUCACAGUCGGACCGAGAAGAUUUCCUCACCAAAAUGAUCGAGGCCCGUAAUGAGGCGGCAAUAUCGGACGCCCAGAUUGCAGCACACUCUUCCGACUUUGUCAUUGCCGGCAGCGAGACGACAGCCACUACUCUUUCUUGCAUGACGUACUACCUGCUCAAGAACCCUGCGAUUCUGGCGCGCUUACAGGAUGAGGUGCGGUCAACUUUUGUUAGCUACGAGGAUAUUACUGCGGCGACGGCAACUCCAUUGAAGUAUCUUAGAGCCGUGGCGCAGGAGGCUAUGCGCGUCUAUCCUCCGCUUCCUUUUGCCCUUCCCCGUGUAGUGCCCAAUGGUGGCUGCACGGUUGAUGGUCACUUCUUGCCAGGCGGGACCACAGUUUCGACCAGUACCUUUGCGGCAAGUAUGUCAUCUUCGAACUUCGACGAGCCGUGGGAAUUCAGACCUGAGCGGUGGCUCGUGGACAACCCAACGGAUGACCUCGAUGCAAGUCAGCCGUUUUCAUAUGGAACGCGAUCAUGCAUGGGACGAAGCCUUGGCUGGAUGGAAAUUCACACAACUAUGGCGAAGCUGGUCUAUAGGUACGACUUGGAGCUCGCUGACGAGAGUCUCGACUGGCACCGGGACUCAAGGAUGCAUACGUUGUGGGAGAAGCCUCGUCUGAUGGUGAAGCUCAAGCCCCGUGUGUUUCUCUAA